AUGGAAUUUGAAGAGGCGAUUAAAGAAAUUUCCAGAGUGAAUUUGGCUGAUGAAAGUGCAAAUGGAGAGGCAGAAGAAGACGGAUAUAGAGACAAUGAGAUGUCACAGUAUAAGACAGGUGUGAAAUUACAAGGAUUAAUAGAGGAAGUGAAUAAUGAGUUGGAGAUGAAUUAUUCUGAAAAUAUGAGUGAACUAUUUGUACAGUUUAAGACUAUUAGGAAUAUUCUGCUAAUUAAGCCUGAAGAAUGCAUGAAUGUAUGCUUAAAUAAGCUUAAUUUACAUAAAAGAAUGAAUUACAUGAUUUCAUGCGAGAAUUAUGAUGGAAUAGCAGUAGAAUUGAGCAAUAUCGUAUUCAGAGUGCAUGGAGCAGAUGCAUAUACGUCAGUAGGUGCCAAGCACAUUAUAGAUGUGGUGAGUAUUCAACAGAACGUAGGAAACAAUCAGUUGCAAGAAAGUAGAAAAAUGAAGAAAUAUAAACAAAAAGACUACAGUGAAGUAACACAUGAGAUACCUGAAGAACUCACGGUCUCAGAAUACUACUAUUUGGUUGCUAGAAUGAAACACGUUGCCAAAUAUGAAGACAAUGAUGUGAUCAGGAAGACUGCCAUCAACACAAUAUGUCUAUUCAUGUUGAACUACUUAGAAUAUGACAUCAGACCAUUCUACAUCGAAUACGCCCAUGAAAACCAAAGAGAAUUGGUAGACUCCUUCAACCCAUCAUCCAUCAAGGCCGUUGACUUCUUUAAGGUAGAUUUGGUUUAUGCAAAGGGAAUUGCACUUAUGAAAGGAUUUGAAUGGGAAUUUGCCUACGACAAAUGCUUCAAGUUCUACAAAUUCAGAAAUGAGAGAAUUAAGUGCCUUACAGCAUUGGGUAAAAAGAAGGAGUUGGAACAGGAACUACGUGAAUAUAUGAUACAUAUUUUGAAGCAAGAAAACAUCCACAUCACAAUCAAUGACAUAUUGCUUGAUCUCUCAGGUUGUGCAUUCACUGGGUUUUCUAAGACGAAUGCCAUGCGAUUAUCGGAUGUGAUUGUGAAGCUGGGUCAUCUCUACCAAAAUGUGGCAUUUUAUGAUUUGGCAUCGAAAAUAUUCAGGUCGUUUAAGCCACUUCAGGCCAAAUGCCUCUUCUACUUCCAAACAGGCCAUUUUGAUAAAUGCGCUAGUGAAUGCCUGAAAUUGCUCAAAAUGAAUCCAGAACUCUACGACGUCCAAUUCAACUACGGAUGCUGUCUGAUGGAACUCAACAAAUACAACGAAGCAGCCAAAGUAUUCAAGAAGUUGAGAGAUGAAGACCAAAUGAAUGUGAAUGUCGUAAAGAACCUGUCUCAUUGCUACUACAAGAUGAAUGACCUGGAGAAAACACUUCUUAACUUAAAGGGUAUUUCCAGACACGAUAUGGGUGCAUUGAAGGAAUACUUACUGAUCAGUCUAAAGAAUAACUACAUUGAUAACGUUAAAUGGGCUCUGAAACGCAUCAAAAUCGAUAAGAUGAUUGAAGAAGCUCUCUUCUACAUAAUCAGCAACAAUAUUAUUAGUAGAAAUGACAUACUGGAUAUUCUGAGGGAGAAUCCAUAUUGUGAUAUGAAUCAGAUUAGAAUAUAA